ACAAGGCCGUGCGCUGAACCUAGCUCUGAAAACUUGACGUAUUUGUUAAGCUUGCACAUUUAGUUUGCUCUCCUCGUGCCUGCGAACUGCGUCCAACGUAUUGUUUCCGUUUUACGAAACGUGUCGGACCAUUCACCGGUAAGAUAAGCUAGCGGGGUCGACUCCAUUCAUUUCCACACAAGCUAACUUUUGGUAGCCUUUGUUGCAGCUUUUUGUGUCGCCCCCUCUCCCUUCUACCUCGGCUCGGUGAACCAGUGGACUCGGACCAGCUCUGCUCGUUAUUUUACCGAAUGUUUAAAAGAAACGAGGAGGGCCAAUGAACGGGGGGGAACCGAAGCCUUUGUGCUGAACGAGAACUCGCCUGUUGACACAGCUAGCUGCAUCCUCCAACAGCAGGUUGGUGCUCCCGACAAGAGAGAACAAAAAGACUUGAGGCUUUUUUUUUUUUUUUUUUUUAUUAUUAUUUUUUUCCGCGGAGAUCCCACACUUCUUAUUCCCCAUGAACAUACAGAGGUCAAAUCCUAUCAGCAUUUCACGUUAUGGGAGAUCGCGGCACAAAUCGCACGACUUCGACGAGCUGUCUUGCUUCAGGACUACAGAGUCGAACCACAGCUUCAGCCCCAACCUCGGCUCCCCCAGCCCCCCGGAGACCCCCGACUCCUCGCACUGCAUCUCCCGCAUCGGGGACUACCUUUUGUUGGAGCCCCUGGAGGGGGACCACGUUUUCCGAGCCGCCCACCUGCACAGCGGGGACGAGCUCGUCUGCAAGGUUUUCGACAUUGGCCGCUACCAGGAGUCACUGGCGGCCUACUUCGCCUUGGGCCAGCAUCAGCACAUCAACCAGAUCCUGGAGAUCUUGCUCGGAGAGACGCGGGCCUACGUGUUCUUCGACCGGAGCUAUGGCGACAUGCACUCUUUCGUCCGCACCUGCAAGAAGCUGCGCGAGGACGAAGCCGCGAGGCUCUUCUACCAGAUAGCCUCGGCUGUGGCGCAUUGCCACGACAAUGGGCUGGUCCUCCGUGACCUCAAACUGAGGAAGUUUGUCUUCAAGAAUGAGGACAGAAGCUUCGUGAAGCUGGAGAGCCUUGAGGACUCGUAUAUCCUUGCUGGUCAUGAUGAUUCCCUCUCGGACAAACAUGGUUGCCCGGCCUACGUUAGUCCCGAGAUCCUCAACGCCAACGGCAGCUAUUCGGGCAAGGCAGCUGACGUGUGGAGCCUGGGCGUCAUGCUCUACACCAUCCUCGUGGGGCGCUACCCUUUCCACGACGUUGAGCCGGGGUCGCUGUUCAGCAAAAUCCGCAGGGGCCACUUCAACGUCCCCGAGACGCUGACGCCGAAGGCCAAGUGCUUGAUCCGUUCCAUAUUGCGUCGGGAGCCCGCGGAGCGCCUCACCUCCCGGGAGAUUCUGGAGCACCCCUGGUUCACCUCCUCCGGGGGGCUGGGGGGAUCUCAGGUGCACGGGAGAGGGGAAAGGGAGCAGGAGCAGUUGGUGCCUGAGGUGAACAUGGAAGAGGAGCUCGAGCAUUUCUUGAGCUGAGCAAAGAAAUACGAAAAAUAAAAGAAAUAAAAUAAAAAAAAAA